AGGGCCCCGCGGAGGUCCCGGGCCCGGAAAUCGGGCGGGGACGGGAACCGGCUUGGGCUGCGAGGCCUCCUGACUCAGCCGCACGCUCAGAUUUCGGGUUUCUCUCCCGGGCCGGGAGCGCGUAACUUCCUCAUUCCAGCCUGGACCCCCGCUCCCAUCCCGCCUGGCCGGGCUCGAGCCCCGGCAGCCCCGCCCCCUCUCGACCACCCCACCCUUGCCCCCUCAGCCGGCUUCUGCGCUGCCCCAGCUCGGGGCCAUCCCGGCCUGGCUUGGUGUUCCCCCGGGCUCUGCUUACGGGCCAGGGGCCAGGACUGAGGGACUUUGGAUGAAGUACUGAGGAUGGAGUCUCCUGAGAGUCUCUUCCCCUCCGGGGGUGACCUGGACUCCAGCCAGUUACAGAUGGAGUCGGAUGAGGUGGACACUCUGAAGGAGGGAGAGGACCCAGCUGACAGGAUGCACCCCUUUCUGGCGAUCUAUGACCUUAAACCUGUGAAAGUGCGUCCCUUGGUGUUCGCCACCGGGGUCCCUGUCACAGCCCAGGUGGUGGGCACUGAAAGAUACACCAGUGGAUCCAAGGUGGGAACCUGCACUCUGUAUUCUGUCCGCUUGACUCAUGGUGAUUUUACCUGGACAACCAAGAAGAAGUUCCGUCAUUUCCAGGAGCUGCAUCGGGACCUCCUGAGACACAAAGUCUUGAUGAGUCUGCUCCCUCUGGCUCGCUUUGCCGUUGCCUAUUCUCCCACUGGAGAGGCAGCCAGCAGGGAGAUGCCUUCUCUGCCCCGAGCAGGUCCUGAGGGCUCCACCAGACAUGCAGCCAGCAAACAGAAAUACCUGGAGAAUUACCUCAACCGCCUCCUGACCAUGUCUUUCUACCGCAACUACCAUGCCAUGACAGAGUUCCUGGAAGUCAGUCAGCUGUCCUUUAUCCCAGACCUGGGCACCAAAGGACUGGAGGGGGUGAUCCGGAAGCGCUCAGGUGGCCACCGCGUUCCUGGUCUGACCUGCUGUGGCCGAGACCAAGUCUGUUAUCGCUGGUCCAAGAGGUGGCUGGUGGUGAAGGACUCCUUCCUGCUGUACAUGUGCCUCGAGACUGGCACCAUCUCAUUUGUUCAGCUCUUUGACCCCGGCUUCGAGGUGCAGGUGGGGAAAAGAAGCACAGAGACACGGUAUGGGGUGCGGAUCGACACCUCCCACAGGUCCCUGAUUCUCAAGUGCAGCAGCUACCGGCAGGCACGGUGGUGGGGCCAGGAGAUCACUGAGCUGGCACAGGGCCCAGGCAGAGACUUCCUGCAGCUACACCGGCAUGACAGCUAUGCCCCGCCCCGGCCUGGGACCUUGGCCCGGUGGUUUGUGAAUGGGGCAGGUUACUUUGCUGCUGUGGCAGAUGCCAUCCUGCAAGCGCGAGAGGAGAUUUUCAUCACAGACUGGUGGUUGAGUCCUGAGGUUUAUCUGAAGCGUCCGGCCCACUCAGAUGACUGGAGACUGGACAUUAUGCUCAAGAGGAAGGCGGAGGAGGGUGUCCGUGUGUCCGUACUGCUGUUUAAGGAAGUGGAAUUAGCCUUGGGCAUCAACAGUGGCUAUAGCAAGAGAGCUCUGAUGCUGCUGCACCCCAACAUAAAGGUGAUGCGCCACCCAGACCAGGUGACACUGUGGGCCCAUCAUGAGAAGCUCCUGGUGGUAGACCAAGUAGUGGCCUUCCUGGGCGGGCUGGACCUUGCCUAUGGCCGCUGGGAUGACCUGCACUACCGACUGACUGACCUUGGGGACUCCUCCGAGUCAGCUGCCUCACAGCCUCCCACCCUGUGUCCAGACUCUCUGGCCACCCCAGACCUCUCUCACAACCAAUUCUUCUGGCUGGGCAAGGACUACAGCAAUCUUAUCACCAAGGACUGGGUGCAGCUGGACAGGCCUUUUGAAGAUUUCAUUGACAGGGAUACUACACCCCGGAUGCCAUGGCGGGAUGUUGGGGUGAUUGUCCAUGGCCUGCCUGCCCGGGACCUCUCCCGGCACUUCAUCCAGCGCUGGAACUUCACCAAGACCACCAAGGCCAAGUAUAAGACACCUAUGUACCCCUACCUGCUGCCCAAGUCCACCAGCACAGCAAACCAACUCCCCUUCACGCUCCCAGGGGGACAGUGCACCACUGUGCAGGUCUUGCGGUCAGUGGACCGCUGGUCAGCAGGGACUUUGGAGAACUCCAUCCUCAAUGCCUACCUGCACACCAUCAGAGACAGCCAGCACUUCCUCUACAUUGAGAAUCAGUUCUUCAUUAGCUGCUCAGAUGGGCGGACGGUUCUCAACAAGGUGGGCGAUGAGAUUGUGGACAGAAUCCUGAAGGCCCACAAACAGAGGCAGUGUUUCCGAGUCUACGUGCUUUUGCCUUUGCUCCCAGGCUUUGAGGGUGACAUCUCCACAGGUGGUGGCAACUCCAUCCAGGCCAUUCUGCACUAUACUUAUAGGACCCUGUGCCGUGGGGAGUAUUCAAUCCUACACCGUCUCAAAGCAGCCAUGGGGACCACGUGGCGGGACUAUAUUUCCAUCUGCGGACUUCGCACUCACGGAGAGCUGGGCGGGCACCCGGUCUCAGAGCUCAUCUACAUCCACAGCAAGUUGCUUAUUGCGGAUGAUCGGACAGUCAUCAUUGGUUCUGCAAAUAUCAAUGACCGGAGCUUACUAGGGAAGCGGGACAGUGAGCUGGCUGUGCUGAUUGAGGACACAGAGAUGGAACCCUCCCUCAUGGAUGGGGCAGAGUAUCAGGCGGGCAGGUUUGCCUCGAGUUUGCGGAAGCACUGCUUCAGCGUGAUUCUUGGGGCAGAUGCCCGGCCAGAGCUGGAUCUCCGAGACCCCGUCUGUGAUGACUUCUUCCAGUUGUGGCAAGAGACAGCUGAGAGAAAUGCCAAUAUCUAUGAGCAGAUCUUCCGCUGCCUGCCGUCCAAUGCCACACGUUCCCUGCGGACACUCCGGGAGUAUGUGGCUGUGGAGCCCCUGGCCACAGUCAGCCCUCCCCUGGCUCGGUCGGAGCUCACCCGCAUCCAGGGCCAUCUGGUACACUUCCCCCUCAAGUUCCUAGAGGAUGAGUCUUUGCUGCCCCCACUGGGCAGUAAGGAGGGCAUGAUACCCCUAGAAGUGUGGACAUAGCUGAGGCUCCAGAUGGGGAGAGGUCACCAGCUGCUGGGCUCCACCAGAUCUGGCUCCCUUACCUUAACCCUGAGGUCAGAGAGCAGUGCCCUUUGAGAUCUGCGGAGACAGGCAUCCUUGAAGGGGACUAGAGAAGUCACAGAAGACCUUUCCUUGAGAAGUAGCCAAAGAGGGCACUCCCACACCUGGGCCAGGGUGGCAGGAGAGAGUCCAAGAGAAGUUCAUCCUCCCUGCUGCCCAGUUCAAACCACUACCACAGAGGAGAAGCACAACUCCUGCCAGGGUGACCAGGGUCAAGCCUCUUAUUCCAGGAGGAGUGGACUCUGCCCUAGGCCUUCCCCAUCUCCCCUUCCUCCUCCUGCCCCUGAACCCCCUCCCUGCUCCAGGGCCUCUCCUAGCCCAGUGCUGCCAAGGUGGAGGGAAAGACAAAGCCACUUUUGACUUCAGCCCCCACCAGAGGUGGGAAGGGGGGCACACUAACUCCCUGUACCAACCUGCUGACAGACACUAACUCUGUAUCCGUUUGAUAAGCAUUUUGUAAAUAAAAGUAUAGAAAAGGU